AGACCAUGGCUGCAACACUGCUUGGGGAGGAGCCCCGGCUGGGCAGCACCCCGCUGGCUAUGCUGGCCGCCACCUGCAGCAGAAUCGGUGAUCCCAUCCCCUCAUCUUCCCCCGCUAUCUCUGACGGAGCCCCGGGACUCGUCAAGGGCUUCCAUCCGUGGAAGAGAGCGGCGCCGGGCACCAGCAGCCUGGGCACAUGCCUCACCGCUCUCGGGGUUCCCUCAGGUGCCUCCAGGAGUGAAGGGACCGGACUGGCAGAGACCUCUAGCGCUUUCUCCCUUACCACCAGCAGCUCACCAUUUGGAAAUGAUUUUUCCGUGUACCAGACCACAGUGCCAUUAGACAACAGUGUUCCCGAGCACCCACACGGACAGCGGUCUAUGUUUCUGACCAAGUUGUCGGCAGUAGAUGGCAUAGCCGGGAUUUAUCCGAGGAUGCACGCGCACCCGUACGAGUCCUGGUUCAAACCCGUUGGAGAGGUCGGUAAUGUUCCCGGUGGGUCGCCUGCUUGGUGGGACAUGGGCACCAGCUGGGUGGACACACAGAGCCAGGCUGGCCUGCCCUCUCCUCUGGGCGGCUACAGCACCGACUACAGCUCGCUGACCCACAGCCACCCCGCUUUCAGCCCCGGGCCCUCUCAGCAACUCCUCCCCACCACACAGCACCUCCUAGACGGCUUCAGGCCACCUGCCCCGGCCUCCUACUCAGAGGCCAACUCCACCGGCGCGCCUGUCCUGACAGGAAACUCUGUCGUUUCUCUACCCGCUCCGUCCCGAUCCUCCUCCCGGCGCUACAUCGGCAGAGCCACGUGCGACUGUCCCAACUGCCAGGAGGCGGAGAGGCUGGGUCCGGGGGGCACGAGCCCACGGCGGAGGGGCUUGCACAGCUGCCACAUCCCGGGUUGUGGGAAAGUUUACGGAAAGACGUCUCAUCUGAAGGCCCACCUGCGGUGGCACACCGGGGAGAGACCGUUCGUCUGCAACUGGCUCUUCUGCGGGAAACGCUUCACGCGUUCCGACGAGCUCCAGCGGCACCUGCGCACGCACACCGGGGAGAAACGCUUCGAGUGCUCCGUUUGCCACAAGCGGUUCAUGCGCUCCGACCACCUCAGCAAGCACUUGAGGACGCACAGCGCGGAAGGAUCAGAGGACGGCGGGGAACCGGGGUUUGUUAAAGGGAGCAGCGACACGGACAACAGUGUCUCCGGUAGCCCAAGCCAGUCCCCCGGUCUGCUGCACGUGCGGGAGACGGUGCAAACCACGGACGGCCAGAAUGCAGUGGAAUAAUUCACGAGGUUCAGCACGCACUCUGUGCAACACCUGGGCAUCUGUUUACACUUUUCCUUGGACACUUGCUAAAUGAAAUGGCACUUUAUCAUGAACCAGCUGAGGAUGAACACUGUGUCCUUACCUCAUUUUCUUUCAUUUGGGAUACUUUAUUUUUUGUGUAUCAAACGGGCAUCAUUUGAAGACAUUUUAUGUAGC